UCCGUUAAUCUGUUGAAAUCCCCUAGCGUUAUGUCACAGCAGUCACUCUCCACCUAUGUUUGGAGAUUGACUGCUACUGCUACAUAACAUGAAGGGAUUUGAAUGAAUUAAUGGAACCUAUAUAACUGGACAUUUCCCAGACUGUUUUUUCUCCAGAAGUUUGGCUUUUGCAUCUGAAAUAUAAAGGUCUUGUGAAACUUUCUGCACUGUCAGAAGCUUUCUAUUUUCUCACCUUUUUCCCUUCUGUAUAUGCACAUGUGCGUGCACAGACACACACACGUGUGCACACACACACACCCCAUGGACUUCUAUCAGUUUUCGUGUGCCAAAUCAGCUCAGAAGGCUUUGAUUGGUCAUGGCCUAUAACAGAAGAUAUUUGCUCAAGGUAUCAUGCAGUGGAACUGAAACCUAGACUAUGUUGUUGGAAAGCAAGCUUCUUAAACACUCAGCUACACCUAUGUGAUUAAAAAUAUAUAGAUAUUUUGAUUUAAAUAUGAAUAGGUAAAUGUGUUUAUUUGUAUUUUACCUGUUAAUCAGAUAGAUACAUUCUAUAUUUUCUUGGGGUAAUAUCAGCAUGGAAAAAGUGGAAUCUUAAAAUGUAGCUUUGCACAUAUAUACUAUCAAUCCAUUAUGUACUAUAUUCAGGACUGGCACUAGGUGAUGCUUGGCUCAAUUAGAAAAUUAUCAGUGGGGCCAUCUCCUCUACAAAAGAUGAAGAUUGAUGUUUCAUGCUUCAUGUAGUUUGCCAAUCCCAGCCAAAAAGCAUUAAGGGCUUGAGGCUCCACCAUUAGCCACAAUAAUAUACUAAAAAAUCAUCAUAGCAUCCUCUGCUUGAGCAUGUGCACAGGGUCCUCUCUUGGUGCGGGGUCCAGUUUGAACAAAUCUGUCCAAUUGGCUUAAAACCAACCCUGGAUAUAUUUCCGUUAUGAGAAACAGGAAAAAAAAAAAAAAGAAAAAAGAAAAAACAUAACUCAGUAACUAAGAAUUUCUUUUCAGUUGUCUUGGCCAAGAACUAAUACAGAAAAGUUAUUAGUUGAGUUGUUUGAUAGUGAAUCAGCACAAUUCUUAGCUAUCGUGGAAAGUCUGAGUGACAGUCACAUACGUAUCAUAACACCGGGCGGUGUUUUCCAAGGAGAGAUGGAGUUAAACGAUGUAAGUUUAGAACUGUUUGCUGCUGCCAAAGAAAUAGUCUCAGGAAAUAUAGCAGCUAACCGCUCAAGAAAAGAUUCUUAUAGCAAUAUUUUCACUAAUGUUAUCCAGACUGAAGAUAAUUCUCUUUUAGAAUUAGCAAUAAUUGGAGAAAACAAAGUACCUAUCAAAUCAGUAUUUCAUCUUACUGUCCUGGCAUUUUGUUAUGAGCAAUGGGAAUUCUUCGUUAACUUUGCAGAUGCUUUGCAGAGAAUUAAAGAUGAAAGAUAUGCUUGGGAUGUUAAAAUCAUGCAGCUUCUUAUUGUAAUGGAGAAAUUGCUACAUGGGCGAAGAUUACGAAAAGGACAAACAUCUGUUCUCAUAAUUCCUGAGACUGAUAAUGAGGAUGAUUUUGAGGCUGAUAGCUCUGAAAUUGUUCAUCCCACACUGUCAGGAUAUACAGUUGUAGCUGACGACUUACUCAUCUUGUCUCAAGUUCUGAAGUCUGUUUUAACAAGCAAUUUUUGUCCAACACAAGUUGACCUCACUGUAGUUCUUGAAGUUGUUUAUUAUCUGUGGAACCAAACCAAAGCAGUACUACGUCGGUACCAAAUCGGAUUUGAGGAUAAUUCAAAGUACUUCCAAAAGAGCGAAAAUAUAGCAACGUGGCUGCCUAUUCUGGAUGUGAUUUUCUCAGUGAUGUGUUGGUGUCAUGUCUCCUCCCAUAAUUUUACAGUUUUUAGUGAAGUUACACUUCGCCUGGCUUUACUUUUAGAAGUUUGCGCCAAUUUAACACAAGGAAAGAAAUCAUGGAAAGAUAUAGAGAAAAAAGAAAUGCUUUUGAUGUCUUCAUCAUCACCACCAGAAAUGACAUUUAAAAAAGAAGGAAACUCUUCAUCUUCAAAUUUAGUUGAGGAUUCUUUUAUACCAUCAGAUAUUCACCUAUUGACAAAAGAAGAUUUUUUGAGAUUAGCAAGAAACAUUCUAAUGAAAGGCCUCAAAGAUAUUGACCAAGCUCGCAGUUUAGCUGCAAAACAGGAGAGUCCAAUGUCCAGGAAUGCUUUGGGUGUAAAAGAAGAGGAUAGUCAGGUCUCUGAAACAGGAAAUAAUGUUAAGACUGCAGCUGAGAAUGUCAACAAAUUAAUUCCUAAAGAUCAACUUCUGAAUUUUGAGAGUCCCAUUUGUCAUUUUAUGAGAGAUCAACACACUGAAUUGUUAUUUAUUUACUAUAGAGUAUCAUGCAAACUGAUAAAAACUGGUCCAGGGAAAUCAGAUCUUAAAAAAGAUUUACAAUCAUCGAAAAAGAAUUCUAAAAAGAAAAAAGAAGACACUUUCACGGUCACUUAUGAGAUGUUACUGAAUGAAUGUGGCUCCCAUAAUUUGAUGAAAUCCCUCCUGAAAAUGCAAGCUGCUGUGGUGUCAGAUGAAUCAAAAAAAGAAAUAUUACAGAAAUCUUUGGAUUCUUUAAUAAAGUUCCAGAAAGAAGAGUCCAAAAUGUAUGAAGUUAACAAUAGUGUCUACAUGCUUGAUAAAAAACCCACUGUACCAGAGAGGAACGUGCCAUUGCCUCCUAUUCUUUUAUGGCGGUCACCAUCAGCAUUAGCAUUUAAACCUGCCAAAUUCAAUCCAUCUUCUGGUGAAAAGGUGUGCUGGUAUCGGCUGUUUGCUCAAAUUAUAACAACCAGCUAUAAUAAAGUCAGAUUAAAUGAUACUCCAGUACCUGGAACAGGAAACUUAAUACCUGCAAGCUACAAAGAAAUUAUAGUGACAGGUAUGAAAACUAACCAACAGUAUGUUUUUGCAUUGGGUGCUUACACCAGUGAUGGUAAACUAAUUGGAGAUAAUAUUGGAGAUAGCACUACACCAAUUCUUGUGUCCAACUCAUUAUCUAUACCUUUAACAUACGUAUUUCUGUGUCAGAUCUCCUACCAACUGAACUGUUUCUCCAUCUCAGUACACAUAUUUGACAAUUUGUGUUCUCAUUUUGUAAAGAACUUUGAUUCUCCUCCUUCAACAUCAAAAAAUAAAUCAACAACUCAGAGAUUUUUUCAAAAAUUUCCCAGAAUAAAUAAGACUGUAAAGCUUACAGCCUCUCCAAUAUUAUUGAUGCAGUUUUACACAUGUAUUAUGACAUCUGUAGACAUAAGCAUUCGUACAGGAAAGUUGUUCUGUGAUAAACUUUGUGAUGAUGGUCCAUUUCAAAUAAAACAGAAAAAGCGCUUAGUUGAAUGCAAAAAGUUGUUGCUUGCAAUUGACCUAGCAUCUUUUCUGAAUGAUGUCAAUCUAUGUGUUCAAGCUCUUGUUCAGAUAUAUGGCUUGUUAGUACCAUUCCUGUAUCAUUCGUGGAUUUUCCCGCCUGUCAUUCAGAUACUUCUGUUUUGUUAUGGAGUUUUACAAGAAUUACCUAGUAAUAUCCGUCAGAAAAGAACAACUGCUAUUGUAGACAGCAUGCAUCAUAUGGUCACUUGUAUUGUCUAUCAUCUUAGUAAGAUGUUACACAAAAUGAAGGAAAAGAACAUGGCUUUAGAAAUCUGUGAAACUGGUUGUCGAAUCCUGCAAGAUGAUAUAAUGGCCAGGAAAACUACUUCUCCGAUUACUGAAUCUUAUACAAUUGAAUCAGAGGCAAUGAAUGACAAAACAGAAACACCUAACUGGUCAUACACUAAAUUACGGCAGGCUGUUAAAUCUAAACAAGAUAACAUUGCCGAAAUGAAUGUAAAGGAAGAACUGGUUAUUUUGGAAGAGGCUCUAUCUUACAUUAAUAAACUAGCCAACAAUGAGGCUGAUUCUGGUAUUAAGGAUGAAGAUAGCAGUGUUGGGUUGGUUUAUUGUUCAAUAAUGUCCAGCCGCCAAGGAAAUAAGGAAGAUACAUAUACACCAUGUGAUCAGUACAAGUUUGGGCUAAUCUCCAUCAGGAACAUUGGCAGCCACUAUGGUGUUGGCCCAUCCUUAGCUUUGAUGACAGCCUCCACUCUUGCAGGCAUACUUUCAAUCAGGUGGAAAUUAGAUCUUUCUCCAAAAUCUGCACCUAAAGCUAAAGGAGCUGCAACUGUGGUGGAAUACAAUAAAAGACAGAAUCUAACAGUGGAAUCAAUUGCACAACGGAAAAAGGAUGCAAAAGCGAAAGCUAAAGAAAAGAUGCCACAAGUUAAAAAGCGAAUUUUUGCAUCUGACCCACCUGAUGUUGAAGCUGUCAAACUAAAGGCCUUAUCGGUUCUCACUAAAUUUGUACCUAAAUGUGUCAAGAACUUUCUGAAUAGAAAGUAUACCAGACAAAUCAUGGAAAAAGAACUACCAUAUAAAUGUCAGCUCAAUAUGCUGCAAGCUAUUGCCCUAUUUAAUUCCUUAUUAGAAAAGUAUGAACACUAUCUAAGGGUUCAACCCAAUGUGACAGCUGAAAACUUUGGCAGAGGUUUUGAUUACGAGUGGAUUUCGUUUGAAAACAAUGGCCUCUUCCUCGAUUAUACAGUGAUAGAUGCAACAGUAUUGAAACAAGAAGAAAAACUUCCUCACUACACAAAGUAUGUAUCAGGUCAUGCCAAACCUCACAUUGACAUAACUCCUGAAAGCACUUAUGAAUGUUUAGGUAAAAUGUUCAUUCACUUCAGAACAGCACUUGGUUGUGUGAGGGGAAAGGACAUACCAAAUAAUUUUAUCUGGGAUACCCAUAUGAAAAGAUGGAACGGCUAUGAUUGGAAUGCCUUUGAUCAGUAA